AUGGGCUCAGAGGGUUCUCGUAGACCUUCACCGACACAACGUGAAGGUCAAUUUGACGAUGAUAUCAGACUCGAAUACCAUGAACUCGACCAUGCCCCAGCAACCUCGCAAGGCACUUUCCUCGAGGGUUCAAAGGAGGGCGUGGAACCCUUGGAGGAAUACCAGGAAGGCGGCUAUCACCCAGUCCAUAUUGGAGAUGUGCUUGGCCCAUCGGAUCGGUAUCCAGUCACUCACAAGCUCGGUCAUUGUGGUUUCGGAACAGUAUGGCUCUGUCGAGACUCAGUAAAAACCAGCUAUGUUGCCCUCAAGGUCAUGGCUAGUGAUCUGAACUCCGAUGAGAUCCUGGAUCUCAUCUUGGCGAAGCUAGACCAGUCGAUGCCCGGUGGUCAAUACACUGCCUCUCCGCUCGACUUCUUUUCCAUUGAGGGGCCAAAUGGAACCCACUACUGCCUAACACUGCCACCACUUGGGCCUUGUGUUUCACCCCGGUUAUGGAUGCGGCUUGAGAAAGACCCUGCUACCAUAUUGCGGAAAUUCGCCCAUCAGACCACGCAAGCGUUAGCCUUCUUGCACAAGAAUCAGAUCUGCCACGGAGACUUUCGACCAUCAAAUAUUCUAGUUAAAUUGGCCAACCUGGAUCACCUCUCUGAAGAUAAGCUCCUCUCCCUACUAGGAGUCCCGGAGAAAGUACAAGUGCGGAUAGAUUCAGGGAAAGACCUCCCAGCAUCCAGCCCAAGAUACCUUGUACAGCCAGCAGACAUCUCCACGCUCGGGAAUGAAUUCCUCACAGAGGAGAUUUGCAUCAUUGACUUUGGCGAGUCAUUCAACUUCUCGUCACCACCAGAGGACCUUGGCAUCCCAGAAAAUUACCUCCCACCGGAGGUCCUUCUUGAACCCCCUGAUGCUAUUGGUCCCGCCUGCGAUCUUUGGGCUCUUGGCUGUACACUAUUCGAAAUUAGAGAACAGCUCCCGCUGUUCUACAUGAUCUACGACAAAGAUGAGUUAUUAGCCGAAAUGGUAAGGUUCUUUGGCAAGCUUCCAGAGGAUUGGUGGGCGAAAUGGGAGGCACGGGAGGAAUACUUUGACGCAGAUGGGAAAUGGCUCCGCGAUGAAGAGGAUUGGUGCCUGGAGGUGGCGCUAAGCAAACCAAUCGAGAUCUUCGAGUCAGGUGAGAAGUACAAAGAGGGGCCUAAGCAGUCAUUGCAAACUUCUGAAGCUGAACAAACGUUGAUGGCGGAUCUGCUAAAUCGCCUGUUCAAGUAUGAUCCUCGAGAACGGAUUAGUGCAGAGAAGGUUCUUAGACAUGAAUGGUUCGACCUCUAG